AUGUUGCGUUUAUAAAUAGGGGUCCCCUUCUUGGUGCACCCCUGUCAACUCUUCAUUCACUCACAACACGCACAAAGCACAAAGCGCAUACACAACAAACACAGAGACUCAAACUCUUCCAUCAAUGGCCACCAAAGUCUACAUUGUUUACUAUUCUAUGUAUGGACAUGUUGAGAAGCUGGCUGAAGAGAUACUAAAAGGAGCUGCAUCUGUGGAAGGAGUAGAAGCCAAACUAUGGCAGGUAGCAGAAACACUGCAAGAUGAUGUUCUUGGAAAGAUGGGUGCACCACCAAAGAGUGAAGUCCCUAUAAUUUCACCCAAUGACCUUUCUGAGGCUGAUGGGUUACUUUUCGGUUUCCCUACCAGAUUUGGAAUGAUGGCUGCGCAAUUUAAAGCAUUUUUCGAUUCAACUGGAGGUUUAUGGAGAACCCAAGCACUUGCAGGCAAGCCUGCAGGAAUUUUCUACAGCACUGGAUCUCAAGGGGGUGGACAAGAGACUACUGCCUUGACAGCAAUUACUCAGCUUGUUCACCAUGGAAUGGUCUUUGUGCCUAUUGGAUACUCAUUUGGAGCUGGCAUGUUCGAGAUGGAGCAGAUCAAGGGUGGUAGCCCCUAUGGUGCAGGAACUUAUGCUGGGGAUGGCACAAGACAGCCUUCUGAGCUAGAACUACAACAAGCUUUCCACCAGGGAAAGUACUUCGCUGGCAUUGCGAAAAAGCUUAAGGGCUCAACUGUCUGAUUAUGAUCGAGUACACAAUUGCUGUUCAGCAUUUUUUAUUUUCUUAAUUCCCAUUCCAGAUUUCACUUUGCAACCUCAUGUUUUCGUAAAAAAUAAUAUGUACUUUGUCUAAUGCGUUUUAUAUCGACUAAAACAGUGGCUAUUACUAAAGAUUAAAGUUUGUAUACACUUUGCCCAAAUCAUCAGAGGCACGAGUGGCUAGCUUCAUCUUCAUGCAUCUUGAUGGGAAAAUGUUGUGAAGUAUAUGCAUGAUGAGUGGUCCUUGUGAUCUGAUCAUAUAAUUUAGGACA